GGGGAGGCGAACGUUGAAGGCGUCCAUAGGCAUCCCCGGGUUUCGGUUCUCACGGCUGCUUCGAAGGCCAUGGGCAGCGGAGGCUCCGUGGAGGAGGAGGAGACACCAGGCCAGACGAACGCUUCACCGGCAAGAAAUGAGAGCUCAAACCAGAAGGAGCGCUUCUCAGCAGAGGCUCAGGACCCGCGUGACACAAGCCAGCUCUCCAAGUACUUCAAGAAGCCCUACAUUGAGGGGCAUAUCUUCUCGAGCUCGUUGUAUCAUGAAGAUGCCAUUGGUGAGCUCGUUACUUACAGGUAUGAUGCGCCUGACGGCCCCAUUCAGGUGUGGCAAUAUGCCUUUGAUCUUCGAAGCUUCUUUCCAGAUGCCUUAGAAAAGAGCAAGGGCGAGGCGCUCGUGUUGUACCACUACACAAACGAGUUCUGCUUUCAAAAUGUUGCCAACGUGGAGCAGAUGUCGGCGACAAUUUUUGCCUCCCUGGUUGACGAGCGAGCGCACUUUGGCAAGGGAGUAUAUGCCACGCAGCAUGAGCCUGCCCAUUGGAAGGAAAGGGUCCGAGUUCUGCUGAACAACUACAGCAAUGAGGACCCAUGGAGGCCAGAUCUGACAGAUGCGGAAAGCAAGCGAGUGGCGCAGGAAUGGGGUGACCCCAAUCCCCAACACAAAGACACGGCGCACCCCCAACAUCGGGCUGCGUUUUGCUUGCCCCUCAUCGUGCCCCAAGUCUUGGCCUACAACAUCUUCCAGCGACAGACCCCAGACCUGAAGUCCAAGGGCGUGGCCUUGGGGCAGGAUUGCAAAGGCAGAAAGGUGGAUGACAACCGAGAUGUGUGGGUGGUGCAACUGGCAGAGGCCGGCGAUGCCGGCGCCGGCAAGAUGGGCAAGGCAUGCGCUUGCAGCUACUCCGAAAGUCAAGAGGAAACACGGAUGUGGCAACCCUGGCUUGCAUCCACACUUUGGCCCGCAGGCUGCACGGGCGCGGUCAACUUGAUGAGGCAGAGGACCUGUACAUGGAAGCGGUCGAGGCAAACUCGAAGAAGCUUGGAGAUGACCAUCAACACACUCUACGGAGCUGCACCAACUUGGCAGGUUGCAUGCAUGCCAAGGGAAACUUGCCGAUGGCGGAGCAGUUCUACCGCCAUGUCUUCAAGGUCCGCACAAAGGCCCUUGGUAAACAUCCAGACACGGCCAAAAGCAUGGCUAACUUGGCCAGUGUGCUCUCUGACAUGUCCCAGCUCGAGGAGGCGGAAGACUUGGCCCGUCGUGCUUUGAAAAUGAGGCAGGAGACGCUGGGCCAUGCGCAUCAAGACACAUUUGCCAGCAUCAACAACGUGGGUGUGCUGCUUUUUACGCAGGGCAAGCUGGCAGAGGCGCAAGAUCUCUUGCAGAAGGCCCUGAAAUCUGUCCGAGACACGCUCGGCAGCACCCACCCCAGGAGCCUCGACUGCAUGUCCAACUUGGCGGCGGUUCUGAAGCAGCAGGGCCAGACCUCUGCGGCGGAAGCGCUAUACCGCGAGGCCCUGCCCGCCUGUCGCGAGAAGCUCGGAGAGGAGCACGAGGCCACGAUCGCCACCAUGAACAACCUGGCAAAUCUCUUGGGAAAUAAGGGCUCCGCAAAGGAGAAACAGGAAGCGGAGCAGCUAUUCAACCGGGCCUUGGCGAUAAAUCGCGCCACUCUGGGAGACACCCAUCCCCACACCCUGAGCACCCUAAACAACAUGGCGUCUAUGUAUACACAAAGCGGGGAGUUUCAAAAGGCUGAGCCGCUGGCCCGUGAGGCUGUGAAAGGCCAGCGUGCAACUCUGGGGGACAUGAGCCUCAGCACCUUGUGCAGCAUCCACAAUUUGGCAUGUAUUUUGGAUGGCCAGGGCAAGACUCAAGAGGCACAGAAGCUCAUGCGCGAGGCGCUCAUUGGCUACAGCAAGAAGUUGGGGGAGAACCAUCCCCGGACUCGCAACGUGGCUGAGAAGCUUCAACGAUUGGGAUCAGGGCCGAUGCAAUCAGGGUCGAUGCGUGCCGGAAUAAUGGGACAGGCGCGUGUGGAUUCGCCAGACCUGUCCGAAUUGAUGGGCAGGCAGGUGGGAUUCGGAGAGCCUAUGAUGGACCCACGAAUCUUGCAGGCUAUGAUGGGAGGUCAGCUCGCUGGUUUCUCUCCCUUUGGGGAUGAGGCUGGAAUGGAUCCACGUAUCAUGCAGGCCAUGAUGGCGCAAGGAGGAUUGGGCUUCUCAGACAGGGACGAGGAGGCUAUGAUGGGAGGUCAGCUCGCUGGUUUCUCUCCCUUUGGGGAUGAGGCUGGAAUGGAUCCACGUAUCAUGCAGGCCAUGAUGGCGCAAGGAGGAUUGGGCUUCUCAGACAGGGACGAGGAGGCUAUGAUGGGAGGUCAGCUCGCUGGUUUCUCUCCCUUUGGGGAUGAGGCUGGAAUGGAUCCACGUAUCAUGCAGGCCAUGAUGGCGCAAGGAGGAUUGGGCUUCUCAGACAGGGACGAGGAGGCAAGUCGCGAGCGCUCAAGGAUCAUGUCGCACAUCUUCAAUCCGAAUUUCUGACGCGCAGGGUAGGUGACUUUGUAAACCAUGCCUUUGGUCAAUACCAAGGCGUUGGACCCGGUUUGUUCCAGCGAUAGGCUGUUAACUCGAUGUUCUUCAAGUUCGUCGAACGAGGAAUAGUAGGAGCAGUUGCCAGCCAAGUGUGCUUUUGUUCGAUUCACGGCAUCAGCGUACGUCUAUUACUAGAGGAGUCGACGACGGUUUCAUAGCUGCUGAUUGCGAUAGAAGCUAGGUUGACUGCUUUUAUUGCUGCUGCUGCAACUGGAUUUGGGAUGGUCCGGGCAACGCUUUUGUGCUGUGUUUGCAAUGUGACUUGCCGCGGGUUCACUCUUAUGCGCUGUAUCCAUGUGCUGUUUAUGCCACGUGGAUCAAGCUGGGUUUGUUUGGCUUCCUUUUGCCGUUCUGAACGCAUACGUUAGGCUGGUGUCCCAUCAUCCGCGGCUGGGACGGAGCCAUAGCUUGCAAAACACUCGGUGGCA